AUGCGGCUUUUAGUUUUCGCGAGUUGUUUGUUGAAGUCGGUUCGCGUUGGUGCCGUGGAUGUGUCUAUGUUCAGGGAGUGGCAAAUUGUGGGUACAAAGUUUCGCAGUGUAAACAGUUGCUGAAUUGAUAUCCACAGUGCAUUCGCAGUGAACCAUCGUCAAGCGCGGAGCCCACCGGAAAAAAAUAACACAACACUGACCCAGUCAAAAUAGCAUUUCAUGUCUGCAAUGUGUAUUAGUAGCCGACUCGGAAAGGAGCCGUACAAUCAAAGGCAAAGCUAAUUUGAAUCCGCAAACACAACCAGCAAAACUUCUCUUCUACCUAUAUAGGUACGAGGUACCUACUGGUUUCGUGUUCACUUCUUCCGGGACGGCGCGGCACAAGCAAUAGCAUAUACGACGAGGAAUGAUGAUUGUACCGUCAUCGACCGCCCAGCCAGCCGUUCAGUCGGCAUCAACCGCCCGCGAGAGUUGAUGUCAUUCUAGCUCGAACCCGCAAACCGGCGACAUCGAUGUCCAUCGACGGACGCGCGAAACGACCGGACCGAAGCCCGUUUGAGUGUUAUGCUGUAGUGUGAAUUGAGUCGGGGUCGGAUGAGGACGCGACUCACUAAACUGCGUGUCGGGCAUAUUGAAGAACUCGGUAUCGCGUAAAGUGUGCCCAUAAAGCGGAGAGUUCUCGUAAUUAUUGUUUCUGAGGAAAAAAGUGAUUUGUGCCACUACUGCCAAGCAGAUUGAAAUUGUAAUUUAGGCCAUUGGGUUUCGCGACAAGCACCGAAUAAUGCUCAGUGAAGCAUCCAAUGUUAAAGUGAAAGUCUGCAGUGUUGUUCAUUGUUGUGUGGUAUACCGAAAAUAAUAAUAAGUGAAGUAUAAGUGAAGAUUGGUAAAAGCCAAGAAAGUAGUGAAAAUGUUCUUCGUGAUUGGUCAUAUGGAAAUUCCGUCCUAUCCUGCAGUGUGAUGUACAUAAUACUUAGCAGAGCUCCUGCUAACUGCUAGCGAUAAUUCAUCGUCUACUAAUUGGUUCUCCAAACAACGAAUCAACACAAAAUUCAUCGCAUCAGCAGUCAACCGUAGCACUCCUCACGACUAAGCUAAACUAAUUAACUAUUGCAAAAACCAGUAGUAAACAAGCAAAAUGACCGUCACAUAUACCGCCGAAGUUGCCACAUGUCGAGGAUUUGGCUGCUUUCUGAAGCUGCUGGUCAGAUGGCGUGGCAGUAUUUACAAACUGGUUUGGCUGGACCUCUCCUGUUUUUUACUGUUGUAUUAUAUUCUCAACAUUGUUUAUCGAUUUGCAUUAGACGAGUAUCAGAAACAAGUCUUCGAAGACAUCGCUCAAUAUUGUGCCACCUAUAGUAACCUAAUUCCACUAUCGUUCGUGCUCGGUUUCUACGUCACCAUCGUAAUGACCCGGUGGUGGAAUCAGUACACCAGUAUACCGUGGCCGGACCCAAUAGCAGUAUUCGUCAGUGCCAAUGUUCACGGACAGGAUGAACGAGGUCGCGUGAUGCGUCGAACCAUCAUGCGAUAUGUGUGCCUGUGCUUCACCAUGGUGUUAACAAAUAUUUCACCUCGAGUGAAGAAGCGGUUUCCCACGAUCGACCAUCUCGUCGAGGCCGGUCUACUCAACGAGAACGAACACAAGAUCAUGCACAAUCUGAACCAGAAAUUCCCACGGCAUUCGAAGCACUGGUUACCAAUUGUUUGGGCCGCGAGUAUUGUGACUCGAGCGCGGAAAGAAGGUCGCUGCCGAGAUGACUUCGCCGUCAAAACCAUCAUCGACGAGCUAAACAAGUUCCGAGGUCAGUGUGGUCUACUGAUCUCCUACGACACCAUCAGUAUUCCGCUGGUGUAUACUCAAGUGGUGACGCUGGCCGUCUAUUCAUAUUUUCUGUUUUCGGUUAUGGGCCAACAAUCGGUUGAAUCGAAAGAGAACGUCACUGGGAUCGUGACUAGAAUUGACCAAUACUUCCCGAUAUUUACAACGUUGCAGUUUUUCUUCUACAUGGGAUGGCUCAAAGUGGCGGAGUCGCUGAUCAAUCCAUUUGGCGAAGAUGAUGACGAUUUUGAGGUGAACUGGAUGAUCGAUCGAAAUGUUCAGGUUUCGUAUCUCAUUGUAGACGAAAUGCAUCACGAACAUCCAACCCUGGUGAAAGAUCAGUACUGGGAUGAAGGAUUCCCGGUGGAGUUACCUCACACGGUAGCUUCGGCUGUCAUCAAGGAGGAACCACCGGCUCCCUCGACCGAUAACAUUACGGUCAAUCGAAGACAGGCCGAGGUGAUACCGGUUGUUCCAUCAUCGGUGCGGGUGGACGAACUGGUCGGUAAAAAAAAUCAAAAUGUUGAUUACACAUUCCCUGAACAGCAGGGAAUGCUUGACGACGAGGGCGAUGAUGCUGCAAGUGGAAUCCAUUUUUCGGCAUACGACAACAAACCAUUCCAUCGAACUGGCCCAUCCACUAAUAGUCUUGGCAGCGUGGUGAACACCAUGACCCGUGUCAACACUGUGGCGUCGGCCUUGAAACGGUUUUUCAGUAAGGAUGAAAACAACAGCGUAAGUAGGCCACAAAGUGCUACGCCUGAAUCCCAAACCGGGCCGUUCAAAUUCCCGGGAUCGGCCAGUUCCUCCAAUCUUGGGCCAAGAGUGCCCGAUCGAGGAAGUGUUCGCAUCACCGACCAAGUGAUCGAGGAAGUUGAUGAACAGCAAAUGACUAUCACGUCGGUGACAGGCAAGAACGAUGCUCGGCCCAUGGCUGCUAGCCUGUGGGAACAGGGCCCCCCGAGGCCCACCGAACCGGUAGAUGUUCCUCAAUCAGCCUACAAGAGAACUCAAUCAGCGGUGGCACAUGGCCAAUACGAAUCCACGGAAAUUUUCCCGCCAGGUGGCGUAGAUGCCUUGCUUAGCGCAUCCGCGCCAGUAGGACAUCGGUUCGAAACGUCGUUCGUCCCUAUCAACAGCCAUAAAGAAGACCCCGAUUUCAUGGGCAGCAAAGAAUCGCAGAAAACGAUUGAUGACCGUUUGGAUGCUGGUCCAGAUGGAGACAUGAGUGAAACAGAUGAUUUUGAAAAGUUACGACAGGCACGUGAGAAAGAACGGGCUGACCGUCAAAAGGCCAUCUUAGCGAGAUCGGUCAGUGGACUCGCUCCUGUGGAUACCGAUAUUUUGAUGGAAAAACUAACCAAAACGGCGGCUGAACAGCAACAGCAACAAGAGGCUGGCCCAUCUGGCAGCGAUACACCCGACACUCGCCGACAUUCCGGGGUUCCAGCCCCACCCGACCAAGCCGACACCACCUUAUGAUUCUACGUCUCUGAAGAUGACAACGUGAUCGUGGUCAAUCUAACGGACGGGAGCUAGUACUAGGAGAAAUUUGUGAAUCUUUUUGUUCCAGGCUGGCAUUGGCAUUGAGUGAUUAAUUUAUAUUCAAGUUUUAAAUUUUGACAAUCACUACGAAGUGAGCUUUCCGGACCAGUAUUCUAUCAGUUAAAUAGUUUCUCAUUUUAUCACCCUAAGCACAAACAUUAGUUUAUAAAAUUAACCACUUAAUACUACUGCUGCUGGAAAGAAUUUUUUUUUCUUCGUCUACACAUUUUAACUCGCACAUGUUCUCGAUGUGAAAACGGAACACUACAAAACACGAACUCAGUGAUAUUUAGCAUAAACAUGUAUAAACCUAGGCACAACAGUAGUUAUUUUGAGAAGAAUUAAAAAUAAAACAAUAACUGCGUGGCUUUAAAAGAAAAAGUAUUACAAUUUAAGAUGCCUUUCGAACAAAUCAAAUAUGUAUCGAUAUUGAUGGUAAUUAUUGGUCGCAUGCGAUAUUAUUUCGGUUUGUCGUUUUUAGCUAUCAAUCACUUAAAGAUACUUUAGCGGAACAUAUAUAAAUAUUUUACAUCAGUGUACAUAAAAACGAACGACUAAAAUAUUGCAUAUUUGCAGCUUUAAAUGCAUACAAGUAAGUAGCAUUCGUCUUAGAGGAGUUUUAUGCGUAUUUGACUUUGGAAUCGAAACGCAUUACAAACUUACAAAAUAAAAAAUUACUAUUGAAAGACAAAUAAAAGACAAAUACAUGUAA